CUGUUUUACAAAAGAAGCACAAUGCCACGGUUCACUGUGCAUGUCAGGGAUGAGUGGCUGACAGUUCCUUGUAAGGACACGUCCAGCACUAUAAGAUGGUUAGGAUUAGAGGCUCUCAAACGCUAUGCCAAAAACAAACCUGAUAAUGGAGGGAUCCAGCAGGUAAAAGAUGUGUGCUUCACAUCCAGGAGGUGCCAGGGACAUGGACUGCUGGACGCAGAUGACAUGAUACACGAUGUCUUGGAAGACAAUGACUUUGUUGAGCUUGAGAUUGAAGGAGACACCAUGUCAUCUGACUUCAUUCCCAGCCAACCUGGACUGUCAUACUUAACAAGAGCCUACAGAGAGCCAGAGGAGUACAUUUCUCUAGAUGGCAACAGCCUGACGUCCACUGACCUAGUUAAGCUAGGACAUGGCCUCUACAAGAUCAAGCUGACCCCUGAAGCUGAGAGAAAGGUUGAGCAGUCACGAGAACUUCUGGACACCAUAGUGAAAGAGAAGAAAGUUGUGUAUGGAAUCACCACAGGAUUUGGGAAGUUUGCACGGACUGUCAUUCCUAACAGCAAGCUCAAGGAAUUACAGGAGAACCUUAUUCGCUCACAUUCAGCUGGGUUGGGCAGUCCACUGAGUCCUGAGAAGACCCGAAUGUUACUGGCUCUCCGGAUAAACAUCUUAGCUAAAGGAUACAGUGGCAUCUCCCUGGAAACUCUGCACUGCAUGGUUAAGGCCUUCAAUGCAUCCUGUUUGUCUUUUGUUCCUGAGAAAGGAACAGUGGGUGCCAGUGGAGACCUAGCUCCUCUUUCUCACCUGGCUCUGGGGCUGAUGGGGGAAGGGAAGAUGUGGUCACCUAAGAGUGGCUGGGCUGAUGCCAAAUAUGUAUUGGAGGCCCAUGGCCUGAGGCCUAUAACACUGAAACCAAAAGAGGGUCUAGCUCUGAUUAAUGGGACACAAAUGAUCACAUCACUGGGUGCAGAGGCCGUGGAGAGAGCCGAGUCCAUGGCCCAGCAAGCUGACAUCAUUGCUGCACUCACCCUGGAGGUCCUGAAGGGAACCACCAAAGCAUUUGAUAGUGACAUUCAUGAGCUGCGCCCCCACCCAGGCCAGAAACAGGUGGCCUUGCGCUUCCGUGCCCUUCUGGACUCUGACCACCAUGCCUCAGAGAUCGCCGAAAGCCACAGGUUUUGUGAGCGAGUCCAGGACGCAUACACCAUGCGCUGUUGUCCUCAGGUCCAUGGUAUUGUCAAUGAUACAAUUGCUUUUGUGAAAAAUGUCAUAAAUACAGAAAUUAACAGUGCUACAGACAAUCCUAUGGUGUUUUCAGAGAGGGGAGAGACCAUUUCAGGAGGAAAUUUCCAUGGAGAGUAUCCAGCAAAGGCAUUAGAUUAUUUGUGUAUAGGAGUACAUGAGUUGGCAUCCAUCAGUGAGAGGCGUAUUGAGCGUCUGUGUAACCCAUCUCUCAGUGAGUUGCCAGCAUUCCUGGUCAAUGAAGGAGGACUAAACUCUGGCUUUAUGAUUGCGCACUGCACUGCUGCAGCCCUUGUUUCCGAAAACAAGGUGCUGUGCCACCCUUCCUCGGUGGACUCGCUGUCAACCAGCGCAGCCACAGAAGACCACGUGUCCAUGGGAGGCUGGGCUGCCAGGAAGGCCCUGCGUGUAAUUGAGCAUGUGGAGCAGGUGUUGGCUAUUGAACUGCUAGCGGCUUGUCAGGGUAUUGAGUUCCUCCGGCCACUCCGUACCACUACACCACUGGAGAAGGUGUAUGACCUUGUGCGCUCUGUUGUCAAACCAUGGAUAAAAGACAGAUUUAUGGCUGCAGACAUUGAAGCUGUUCACAGACUUCUUGUAGACCAAAAGGUGUGGAACAUCGCUAAGCCAUACAUUGAGAAGUACUGUACAGAUCAUUUCCCUGAGUCACGCCCUUCAUCUCCCACUGCUUUCUCUCUGGAUCCACCCCCAUCACCACAGAAACGCCUCAGAUUGGAGUGAUUCAAAUAUUAUCCUCUGUCAAGCACCAAUGAAUAUGUUUGAUUUAAGACAUCUUUAUAUACAUUGUUGAUAAAGAUCAUCUUUAUUAUAUGCAACAAUGGAAUUUUGUAUCAAAUGCAUUAUCAGCUUGCAUUAACUUUGGAUGUGCUAUAUUGUAAUUAAUUAUAGUGUGUAAUCUAAGAUGAAAAUGUUUCUUAUCCUUCUUGCAUUUGCCAA